AACGGUGACCUGCACGUUGAAUGAAACUUCAUUUUCGCUAUUUGGAAGGACAUUCUCAUUUUUCUAGUUGGGUGUUGGAAGUGGUCAUGGGCAUAAAGGUUCAGCGGCCUCGCUGCUUUUUUGAUGUAGGGAUCAGUAAUGUCCCCGUUGGCAGAAUUGUGGUGGAACUUUUUUCAGACAUUUGUCCUAAAACUUGUGAAAACUUUAGAUGCCUCUGCACAGGUGAGAAAGGCAUUGAAGGAACACAGAAACCUCUGCACUACAAAGGAUGUCUGUUCCAUCGAAUUGUAAAAGAUUUCAUGAUUCAAGGAGGAGACUUCAGUGAAGGUAAUGGAAGAGGAGGUGAAUCAAUCUAUGGAGGCUUUUUUGAAGAUGAGAGCUUUGCUGUCAAACACAACAAGGAGUACCUGUUGUCUAUGGCCAACCGUGGCAAAGACACAAACGGAUCACAGUUUUUCAUAACAACAAAACCUUCACCACACUUAGAUGGUGUCCAUGUGGUUUUUGGUCAUGUGAUCUCUGGUCAAGAAGUGGUGAAAACUAUGGAGAACCAGAAAACUGAUCCAAAUAGUCGACCAUAUGCAGACAUUAAAGUUUUAAACUGUGGAGAGCUUGUCCCUAAAUCAAAAGCAAAGAAAGAUGUAAAGGUUAAAGAUCGGGCCUCCUCCGGUUCCAGCGAUGCAGAAACUUCAUCACAUUCUUCAUCUGAUUCUGAAGAGUCCAACAAAGAAUCACAGAAGCGAAAGAAGGUGAAAAAGACAAAGAAGAAACAGAAGAAGGAGAAGAAAAGGUCAGAGGCUGAGAGCGCCGAUGAGGUAAAAGAUGAGAUACAGGAGGAGCUGGUUACAUCUACCGUACGUCCAGAAGAAAUCCCUCCCAUCCCUGAGAACAGAUUCCUCAUGAGAAGAAGCCCACAGUCGGUACAGAAACCAAGAGAGGAUGCUGAAAAGGAUCAGAAAAGCCAGGAAGGAAGGCCUCGGGAGAGAUUAUAUAAUUCUCAGUCAGCAUAUCACAGAAGACUUGUAACGACACGAUCUGGCAGGAAGAUUAAGGGCAGGGGUCCAAGGCGAUAUCGGACUCCAUCGCGCUCUCGUUCAAGGUCCAGAGAUCGUUUUCGCCGCAGUGAGACACCCCCACACUGGCGUCAGGAGAUCCAGCGUCAGAGGAUGAGGGCGAUCAACGCGGAGCGUUGGAUUAAGGGUGACAAGAGUGAUCUAAAUGAAGCUAAAGAUGACCCUGCUAAAGCUCCAAGAAGAGAGAGACGGUCCUCCAAAUCAAAGCAGGAACAUACAGUUGACAGUAAACGAGACAAGAAAAGUCACCGAUCCAAAAGCAAAGAAAAAGAGAGCGAACAGAAGGAUGAGAAGCACAGCAAACACAAGUCAAAGAAAAAAGCCAAAUCUCAAAGCCGCAGUAAAAGCAAAGAAAAGAGUAGAAGGUCAAAAAGCAGAGAGCGAGAUCACAAGCACAAAACUGAUGAACAAAAGCGUGGCUCCAGGAGCAAAGACCGAAAUGUCAAGAAGAAAGAAAGAGAGUCAGAAUCUAAUGAAGUUAAAGAAAAGAUUAGGCAGUCUGAGUCUGACAAAAAGUUUAGUGAUGACGCAAAAGGGCAAACUGAUGAGAAAAUUCAGAAGUCGCAAAGCAAAGAACGAACAACUGCAAAAGACAAAGACAGAUCAAGUAGCAGGAACAGAGAUGGGGAUAGACCGGCAACAUCAAAAGAAGAGAAACAUGAAAAAGUCAAAGAUAAGGAGCAGGCGCGUAGGAGUCCGGAAAGACGGCACCACAGUGAAAGGGAGGACAAGAAGCGUGGGACAUCCCGGAAUAAAGAACGUCGGAGCAGGAGUCGAGACAGAAACAAGACUAGAGACUCGCACAGGAGCCGACGCUCCAGAAGUAAGAGUCAUAACAGAGAAUGUAGCAGAAAUCGUCCUUCUCAUAGAAGGGACAAAGACCCAGAACCCCGCCAAAAGAGUUCCAAAAAGAAAAGGAGCAGCAGCUCUGAGAGUGAUGGAGAAAAAGAAAGGAAGAGGCGACGGGCAAGAAGCACGUCCAAGUCCAAAGACAGAAGAAGCCCACGACCGGAUCGUACAAAAGGUAAAGACAGAAACAACAGUAAGAGGCACAAAUCAAGCUCCAGUUCCAGCUCAGACAGUGACUGAGUCUGUGUUAAUCA